CUAGCAGAUAAGUACAUGCCUAAACAACUUGACUGUAAACAGAGAAUGUGGUAUUUACAAGAUAGACAAGGGCCGCUGAAGUCCCCUAGACAACACGUGUUGGCGCCCACACGGGGUUUCCAUGUAACGAUGGGUUUGGAACCUAGAAGAAGCUGUUUGACAACACCCCAGUACUUUGUCCACCGAAUUUUCUCAGGUACAUGUGUACCCCAGAAAGUGCAGCGCGCCUGCCAAUGUUGAUACAAUACAAUGUGUACGAUAAGCGAUCACUGUCGAGGUUUUCAACGCUAACCACUACACACUUAUGUACCUAGACAAAAACUUAUGUGUGUGUGUCUCUACCUCGCUUCUCCUCUUCUAAAUCUUUGUACCAACAGCAAUCGCACACUAACGCUCCAUGAAAGCUUCAAGACCAUGGCAAACGAAGAACAACCCGCCUGGUCGUCUGUAGACGACGAGAGCUUGAAUCUCAUUCUCUCCCUCCUAUCCGCGGACCUAGAUGUGGUUCAAUCAAGUGCCAAAGGGAAGCAGAUCGAAGGGACCCUUUCAGAUGCCGAUCUCGCUUUGCAACUCUUCGCUGAGGAGCUGAACUGUGCAACUGUAUAUGCCUCGGACCGAAGAAUGACAAAGAGCGUGCAGGAUGCCGUGCAGAAAGACACCAAUAUUCUGCUGGAAUCAGAGUUGCAAGAGAAUGUGGCACGACGUGACCGAGAGGUUGCUGUAGCUCAGUCUGCAGGACGACGACCGCAGGGACAGGCUGAGGUACCUACAAACACCAGACCUUCAGAGACUGAGCUAGAGGCAUGGGAAAAGCUUACAUCCAAGUACAUCGAUGGGAUUCAUGAGACAGAGAACAACGACUCAUACGACUCAUACGACUACUGGACGGCAUCAAGUGAGACAGAUGGGCAGCCCGAAAGCUCGGCCUGGGCGGCGUCCCGCGGACAAAACUGCCCACAACUUGGCUCAUGCAUUGCCUGUGGAGAGAACAAGAGCCUCACAGACCUGGCUCGAGCACCUUGCGAGCACGACUAUUGUCACGAGUGCCUUGAACACCUGUUCUGCCGCUCCAUAUUGGACGACAGCCUAUUCCCGCCACGUUGUUGUCGCCUAGAUAUUCCCAUAGAUACGAGCCAGCUAUUCUUGUCUGAUGAAAUGAUCGACAAGUUCACGCAGAAGUCCAUCGAGUUAGCCACGCCCAAUAGAACAUACUGUCAUCAGGCAACCUGCUCGACCUUCAUCCCACCGCCCAUGAUCAAGAACGGAGUUGCCCAGUGCCCCAAGUGUGAGAACAAGACGUGUGAAACUUGUAAGGGUGCCACGCACGGAGGCGACUGUCCUUCUGAUACUGUCAUGGAGGUUUGUCCCGGAGUGAGGCUAGAUCACCAGUAGGUAGUACGCAGGAAGUAGAUAGGUUGAAGGUAUAGGUAAGGGCUUAAUA